AGGAGAUCAUAGUUCCAACCACCCUACAUCAUGGCUAGACCUAAAUCGUUGAGGGUUAUCGGAUUCUGCGUGUUCGCAGCUCUAGGAGGGGCUUUGUUCGGUUAUGACAUCGGGGUCAUCAGUUCAUGUUUCACCAUGCCCGAUUUCAUCGAACGGUUCGGUGAACAACGUGCCGAUGGGACAUAUUACCUGGAUGCGAACAGGCAGUCCAUUAUCACCUCGCUCUUGGGAGCGGGAACUUUUGUCGGAUCCAUCGCUCAGAGUUUCACCGCCGACUUGAAAUGGGGAAGGAAGGGCGCCAUCUUUUUCUGGUCGGUCGUCUUCACCAUCGGAUGUGUCAUCCAGACCGCUUCUAUGAGCGGUAUCGCCCAAAUCACCGUAGGUCGGUUCAUCGCUGGACUCGGAGUCGGAGCGUUGUCCGCCCUCGUACCGCUGUACAACGGAGAGGCCGCUCCUCGGGAUCUGAGAGGACCGCUUGUCGUGCUCUACCAAGUCAUGAUCACCAUCGGCAUCAUGUGGGCUUACGGUCUCGACUGGAUCACCCACGGUAUCAACAGUUCCGCAAGCUGGAGGAUCCCCGUCGGUUUCCAGCUCGUCUUCGGUCUCGUCCUCUGCUGUGGGACCAUGUUCCUCCCAGAGAGCCCUCGACACUGUCUCAACUACAACAACCCGGAAAAGGCCAAGAGGUCGAUCGCCAAGAUGAAUAACUGUGAUAUCGACGAUCCGCUCGUUCACGAGACUAUGGCCGAGUUGGAGACCAUGUUGGAGUUGGAAAACGAGGGCGGGAAAGCUAGCUGGUUCGAGCUCCUUAGCACUAACCAUCAGAUGUGGAAGCGUACUCUGAAUGCCUGCAUGAUUCAGUUCGUGCAGCAGCUUAACGGUCAGAACUUCUACUACUACUAUGGGCCCGCGUUCUUCGCGCAAUCGGGUACUGGUUUAUCGACGUACGCCAUCCAGUUCAUCUUGGGAGCAGUCACCUUUGCCGCCACCAUCCCCGCUCUGUGGUUCAUCGAGAAAUUGGGAAGGAGAAAGAUGCUAUUCAUUGGUUCCGUCGGAGAGAUCACAUGCGCCGUCAUUGCCGCCGCCGCGGGACACACCAUGUUGGCUUCCGCCGAUACCCCUGCCUCCGAGUAUACUAGCCGGAAUACUACGGGAGGACAGAUCUUGGUGGCGUUUGCGAUCAUCCAGAUCUUCUUCUUCGGUGCUUUCUGGGGACCAGUUCCUUGGGUAAUUUCCGCAGAGAGUUUCCCCCUCCGAGUCAGAUCCAAGGGUAUUGCUGUGGCAACUGCUACCAACUGGCUGUGGAACUUCUUGCUCGGAUUCUUCAGUGCGAGGAUCGCCGAUGAAAUCGGUCCUCUUAUCCUGCUCGUUUUUGCUGGUGUUUUGCUCUAUGGUCUCAUCUACAUCUUCUUCAUGUUGCCGGAAACUAAAGGCCUUUCUUUGGAGGAGAUCGACGAGCUUUAUGCCCUCAAGAUCAAGCCUUGGAGGUCAUCGAAGUGGACGCCACCAAACCGACGAGACGAGAUUCCCGAAGUCAACGACAAGGGAGAGAUCGUGCAUCGCGAGAGGAGGAAGGCGCCUCCCAUGAUGAUGGGACAUUAAAGGAGUACCUUGUCGUCUUUCCAUUGUACAAAACCAGAUAAAAAGUUUGCCAUCGACUAAUGUGUAUUUGUAGCGCACCUGUCACAACGCAUGCGUCGUGGUCUCGAUUGGAGAUGAA